UUCCAAUACGCUAAGCAGAUCUUCGUGAGGCCAUGCGGAAGAAGAUCUUUUCAUGACCCUCAGAUCAUCAUGUUAGUGGAACAGACAAUGUUACAGAUGAUGGUUGCUAUGGUGAUGACCUGUCUCAUUCCUGCCGUGACCUACGCCGUCCAAGUCGAUUUCCCCAAAGUGCCGCAUCGCCAUCAUAAAAUACGCUCUUCAUUGACCCAUGAUGAAUCGGAUGUCGACCCCCAUCCAUCAAGGAUAAUCGAUGACGCGUUCGACAAUGCCCACAUCAUCCCAUUCAACGAUAAAACAAGAGCGCCGUCUACGUCUGGACUGGAUUCCCAACUUAAACACGGACUGGUAGAAAGACGAAGAAGAAGUCAACAUAAUCAACAUUGGAAUCAGAAAAAUGACAAGAACAAUCAUGACAAAGGAAGGACUUUAAAAUCCUUGAGGACGGAAAAUAAAUAUGAGCACAAGCUUCUUAAAGAUCAUGGUAAUUUUUCUGUUAAAAAUUAG